GGAUACUGAAUAUAAAGGACUACAGCUCUCCCUGGAUCAGGUCACUGCUACCAAGCCGGCAUUCUCAUACGCAAAUUCAACUCCGACCAUAACGGAUAAUAGAAAGGGAAGCAAAUCUCGCCUCUCGAGCACAAAGUCAAAAUCAAGGACAUCACCAUACCCACAGUAUUCUGGAUUUCACACUGAGAGAUCUGAGUCUGACCACGAGAGUCAGUGGGGCGGGAGCCCCCUGACUGACACAGCUUCUCCCCAGCUAGUGGAGCCUGCGGACAGACCGAGCUCCCAGCAUCACGAUGUCUCCUGUGCCUACAGACAGUACUCAGACCGCAGUGCUCUCUGCUACGGUUUUGCACUCGACCACUCCAGGCUGACCGAUGACAGACAUUUCCACACUCAGGCCUGUGAAGGAGGCAGAUGUGAAGCUGGCCGCUAUUUCCUUGGAACACCGCAGCCAGGAAGGGAGAGCUGGUGGGGUUCUCGUUCAGCAUUGCCCCUGACUAAGUCGUCCCCCGAGAGCAGAGAAGCGUAUGAAAACAGUAUGCCCCACAUAACGUCAGUGCACAGGAUUCAUGGGAGAGGACACUGGGACGAGGACAGUGUCGUUAGCUCACCUGACCCUGGCUCUGCCAGUGAAUCGGGCGACCGAUACCGUACUGACCAGUAUCAGAGCAGUCCACAUGAGCCCAGCAAAAUUGAAACUCUAAUAAGAGCCACUCAGCAAAUGAUUAAAGAGGAAGAAAACAGACUACAGCUGCGGAAAACAACCCCUGAUCCACUGGUCUCCAUUAAUGGCACAGGGAAGAAGCACGCUAUCUGUUUUGCAAACUACCCUCAGCAGCAGUUGGCAGGGGACGUCUGCCGCGUCCCGACGGUUGCCAACACUCCUCCCUGUGAACACAUCCAGCAACGAGAUGGAAAGAUUAUGAGCCCACAUGAAAAUGACUAUGACAACAGCCCCACAGCACUGUCUAGGAUAAGUAGCCCCAGUUCUGACCGAAUAUCAAAAUCUAGUUUGGUACUAGCUAAAGACUACCUGCACUCAGACAUGUCCCCUCAUCAAACCCCGGGGGACCACCCAGCAGCCUCCCCAAAUUAUUACAGCUCCCACAGGCAGUACUUUGAUAAGCAUGCUUACACAUUAACUGGAUAUGCCCUGGAGCAUCUAUAUGACACUGAAACCAUUAGAAACUAUUCACUAGGCUGUAACGGAUCACACUUUGAUGUGACUUCUCACUUAAGGAUGCAGCAAGAUCCAGCACAAGGACACAAGGGAACAUCCGUUAUAAUAACCAAUGGAAGCUGA